UCCUGUUUUGUGUCUGCGGGAGAAAAGAGGACGGUGGAGAGAGGAGGGCAGCCCGGUGCCGGUGCCAGCUCCCUUCCCGCAUCCCGUGCCAGCCCUUGUGGCCACAAUGGGCAUCUCCCCUCCCAGCGAACCGGCCAAGCAGUGAAAUUUAAUGGCUCUCUGGCCUCUCUGCAUGGCGGUCAUUAGGCCUGUGAUUAAAGCCCGUGCGUCGCUCUGCUGGCUGGGAGGUAAAUUCCUCCGCAGGGCCCGUGAAACCGGCGCCCGCUCCUCGCCCUCUCCUGCGCCCCGGCGCGGGGAGCCCUCGGGUAACCCCGGCCAUCCCUCCCGAGCAGCUCCUCCCUGCUCUGGGGCGGCAGAGGGGAUGGAGCUGGGCUGGCACCCGGGCGCGGCGAGGGACGCUGACCCCGAGGCAGAUGGGGCUGGUGGCGGCUGGAGCGGGGCAGGAACGGGGGCUGUGCCUUCCCGAGGGGACAGGAGUGACCAGGAGGAGCCCCGUGCUGGGAGGGGAAAGGCAAGGACCGAACCCCGCCGGUGCCGGCGCCGCUCGCUGCGCCUCCGGGACCGCCGGGAUCCACUGCCGCCUCCUGCCACCACUCCUCGGUUUUUAAUCUCCCCGAGCAAGCCGAGAAUUAAUUAUUUAGCGGCUCACAGGACGCACCGGGAGCAUCCGACCCGCGCCGAGCUGCGGCUUUGGCUGCCGCCCGUCCCGGGAGAGCGCCGGCUGCAUCCCCGACGUGCCGCACAGUUAAUGUCGUGCGGUGAUUGACGGUGAUUGUCCCCUCUCCCGAGGAGCCCGGAGUGAGGCACGUGCGUGGAGCCGAACCCAGAAGAAAUCGGCUCCUGCUGGGAGCAAGACGGAGCCGCGGCCGGAGGGGAGGGGGUGGGAGA